AUGUCUGAAAAUAGUGGUGAUGAACGACAACUAAGAGUUAAACAUCAUAAAAUCCAAAAUCAUGAUUUUUGUGAUUGUUGUACUAAAAAUAAUGGAAUCAUUUUAUAUUGUGAUGGAUGUGAUUGUUCAUUUCAUCUUCAAUGUGCUUGUCCUCCUAUUGCGUCUGAUAAAAUACCAGAAAAAGAAUGGUUUUGUAGAGUAUGUUCUUAUCGUUUAGGAAUAACAAAAUUAGAUAUUCCAGAAAAUGAUCCUUUUUAUCUUGUUCAUAAACAUUUAACUACUGUUAAUCCAAUUCAAUUUGAAGUUCCUCGUUAUAUUAGUAAAUAUACUGAUUAUGAACCACCUAAGAAACCAACUAAAUAUUCUCGAGAUGUUUGUGAGUAUUGUGAACAAAAAGGUGUUCAUGUUAAAUGUGCACAUCCAGGAUGUAGUCGUGCAUUUCACUUACAAUGUCAUGAUCCACCUUUAUUUGCAAUUCCUAAAAUUUUCUUUUGUGAUAUUCAUACACCAAAAAAAGAAAAAAAGAUUCAAUUCUUAAAGCCAACUUCUGUUAUCUUUUUACAUGAAUCAACAGAAGAUCAAUCUUUCUUUUCACCAGUGUCACCUUUAAUAAAACUUGAAGAAAAAUUAAAAAGAUAA